AUGGUGGUCUUGAUUUUACGUAUUUUGGUAAAUAUCAGAAAUUUUGUAGCUGUUAUGUCUUCUGACCCCAGUAAGAGGGGUUCUGAUACAAGUGAGAAUGCUUUUGUUGCGAACCUAUCACGACACAAGGGACCUGUUCGGGGCUUGGAGUUCAAUUCUCUUUCCCCAAACCUUCUGGCUUCUGGUGCUGAUGAAGGUGAUAUUUGUAUAUGGGAUGUAUCAAAACCAUCAGAACCAAGUCAUUUUCCGCCACUGAAGGGCAGUGGAUCUGCAACCCAAGGUGAAAUUUCGUUUUUGUCCUGGAAUAGCAAGGUUCAGCACAUAUUGGCCUCCACAUCAUUUAACGGGACAACUGUGGUGUGGGAUCUGAAGAAGCAAAAGCCAGUUAUAAGUUUCUCUGAUUCAAUUAGGAGGAGGUGCUCUGUUUUGCAGUGGCACCCUGAUGUUGCCACUCAGCUAAUUGUUGCUUCAGAUGAAGACAGUGCACCAUCUCUCCAGCUGUGGGAUAUGCGCAAUAUAAUGGCUCCAGUAAAAGAAUUCGUUGGGCACACCAAAGGUGUCAUUGCUAUGUCAUGGUGCCCCAUUGAGAGCUCUUAUCUGCUUACCUGUGCUAAAGAUAACCGUACAAUUUGCUGGGACACUGUAUCUGGAGAGAUUGUGGCCGAAUUGCCUGCUGGAACCAACUGGAAUUUUGAUGUUCACUGGUAUACUAAGAUUCCUGGAAUCAUAUCAGCAUCUUCAUUUGAUGGGAAAGUCGGCAUUUAUAAUAUCGAGGGUACUGGUCGAUAUGAUGUUGGAGAAGCUGGUGUUGGAGCAGCACCUUUAAAGGCCCCUAAGUGGUACAAGCGAAAAGCUGGAGUUUCAUUUGGUUUUGGAGGAAAGCUUGUAUCAUUCCAUUCUGAAUCUCCUGCUGGAAUUUCUGAGGUUUUUGUGCACAAUUUAGUUACUGAACAUGGUUUGAUUAGCCGAUCCUCCGAAUUUGAAGCUGCUAUACAAAAUGGGGACAGAUCAGCAAUUAAACUUUUGUGCGAAAGGAAAUCUCAAGAAUCUGAAUCUGAGGAGGAGAGGGAAACAUGGGGCUUCAUGAAAGUUAUGUUUAAUGAGGAUGGGACUGCAAGGUCCAAGCUGCUUUCUCAUCUUGGUUUCAGCACGCCUGAUGAAGAAAGCGAUACUUUAAACAAUGAUGUUUCCGAGCAGGUAAAUACUCUUGGUCAUGAUGAGAGUACAACUAUUGGAGAAGGAGCUUCUGGGUAUCGAGUAUCUGCCCUUGUUGCAACUGAUAACGGAGAGGAUUUCUUUGACAAUCUUUCAAGUCCCAAGGCAGACACACCAGUUUCCAAUUCUAAGAAUGAAUUUGUUGUUGGAGACUCUGUAAACGAAACCUAUCCAGAAACCGACGGACAAGAAGAGAUUCCCGAUUCUUCAUUUGAUGAUGCUGUUCAACGUGCUUUAAUUGUUGGAGACUACAAGGGGGCAGUUGCACAAUGCAUUUCUGCAAAUAGAUUGGCGGAUGCUCUGGUUAUUGCCCAUGUAGGUGGUGAUUCCUUAUGGAAUAACACACGUGACCAGUACCUCAAGACAAGUACUACUCCCUACCUAAAGGUUGUUUCGGCCAUGGUGAACAAUGACCUAAUGAGCAUUGCUAACACCAGACCUCUAAAAUCAUGGAAGGAAACUCUUGCUCUCUUUUGCACCUUUGCACAGUCAGAGCAGUGGGCUCAGUUAUGCGACACACUUGCUGCUAGACUCAUGGCUGCAGGUGAUUCUACUGCUGCAACUUUGUGUUACAUUUGUGCUGGAAAUAUAGACAGGACUGUGGAAAUCUGGUCGAAGAAUUUGGCAAAAGAUCAGGAUGGAAAGCCUUAUGUAGACCGUCUCCAGGAUUUAAUGGAGAAGACCAUUGUCUUUGCUUUGGCUACCGGACAGAAGCGAUUUAGUGCUUCAUUAUGUAAACUAGUUGAGAAAUAUGCUGAAAUAUUAGCAAGUCAAGGGCUUUUAACUACAGCGAUGGAGUAUUUGAAUCUUCUUGGCACAGAGGAAUUGUCUACGGAACUUAGUAUCUUACGUGAUCGCAUUUCUCGGUCUACUGAGCAAGAAAAAGAAGUUGAGAGAACAGUGAACAAUCAAAUGCAAACUGGACCUGCAUAUGGGGAUCAAUCGGGUUAUGGUGUUGUUGAUGCCUCUCAACAUUAUUAUUCGAAUACAGCACCAUCCCAGUUCCAACCAACUGUUCACAGCAGUCCAUACGGAGACAAUUAUCAGCAGCAGCCUGCUGUUACGUAUGGAAGGGCUUACAAUCCUCCUGCUGCAUAUCAGGCAACCUCACAGGCCAACACACCUCAGCCAUCCAUAUUUGUCCCUUCCCCGGCACCCCCAGCCCAGACGGGAAGUUUUCCUCCACCUCCUGUUAACACUCAGCCCACUGCGAAAUUUGUCCCCACAACACCUCCUUUAUUGAAAAAUGCAGAGCAAUAUCAGCAGCCGUCGACUUUGGGUUCCCAGUUGUAUCCUGGGUCUGUUAAUGCUAGCUAUCAAGCUGGUCCUCUGGGGGUUCAAUCAUUUGGUGCCAACACAUCUCAGGUUCCAACUCCUGGGCAAAAGGUCUUUGCCCCUACUCAACCAACUGGAGGUUUCAUGCCUGUAACUAGUUCAGGGGUACAAAGACAAGGGAUGAACCUGGUGCAACCCCCGAGUCCUAAUCAGACUGCUUCACUGCAGCCAGCAGCUCCUCCUGCUGCUCCACCUCCUACUGUGCAGACAGUUGAUACAUCAAAUGUACCUGCGCAACAGAGGCCUGUUAUUGCAACUUUAACAAGACUUUUCAAUGAGACAAGUGAAGCAUUGGGAGGAUCACGUGCAAAUCCUGCUAAGAAGCGGGAAAUUGAGGAUAACUCGAAGAAGUUAGGUUCCCUGUUUGCAAAGCUAAAUAGUGGAGAUAUAUCUAAAAAUGCUGCAGAAAAGCUUGUUCAACUCUGUCAGGCCCUGGACAAUGGUGAUUUUGGCACUGCCCUUCAAAUCCAGGUCCUGCUCACGACCAGUGAUUGGGAUGAAUGCAACUUUUGGUUAGCAACACUCAAAAGAAUGAUCAAGACCAGACAGAAUUUCAGAUAA